AUCACUAAACUUAAGUUGACAGCACUAUAUUGUUUUUGUGUAACUACAUGAAGAAACUUAUUUUAACUAAUAAACUGUAUAGAAAGCAUUAUACACGAGAAACUUGUUGACAAAAAUAUUAAAGACUACAAAAUGAAUCAAGCACAAUUCGCAUUAGCGUGGAGUCAAUACAAAAAAAAUAUCUGUAAUGGUUUGAGCAGCCUUCAGCAGAAUGGAGAAUUUGUUGACAUGACUUUGGCGGCGGAUGGGCAUUUUGUGAAAGUACAUCAGGUGGUUAUGGCGCUUGCUAGUCCUUUUAUCAAACAGUUGAUCUCCUCAGCAAAUUGCCCUCAUCCCAUCAUAUUUCUUAAUAAAAUAUCAAAUGCAACAUUAUGCUCAAUAUUAGAAUACAUAUAUACUGGAGAAGUAUUAUUGACUUUAGAAAACUUUGAUGAAUUCAUUGAAGCUGGAAGAGAGUUGCACAUACAAGGCUUAGAAAACAUGAAAUCACAAUCACAUAAAGUUGGAAGUACUGAGGAUACUGUUGCUGAUGAUAUCAAUGAAGUGUGUUAUUUUGAGGUACCCAGUCAAAGCAUGGAUGAAGACCAGACAGAAUUAGACUUUGAAAAUACAAUCGUAUCUGGUGAUACCAAAGAUAUUCGAAUAAUGGUCCAAAAUGUGUAUGAUGACGAUAUAGCUGAAGAAUCUUUAGAAAAUGAUGAGAAUUUAAGUUUUAGUCAAGAUGUGGCACACAAUAGUAUUGAGACGUCGGCUAAACCUAUUGAUACAAAAAACGUGCGAGUGAUGCAGUACACAGUAUCCAACCAGGGCUCGUUACAGAUGAUACUGAACAGAUUCCUGUACUACUUGAAGCACACGAACCGCAAUAACACGCGCCAGUGGCGCUGCGUCGACUACGUCAGCGGCGUCAAGUGUCCCGCACACGUGAUCACUAAGGACGACAUCGUCAUACAGAGGAUAUCAGCCCACACGCAUCCAUUUCACGAUAAGAAGAUACUGAAGAAAGUGAGAGCGGGUGCCAUAUUCUCUGCCAUUCAAGAAGCAGAAAUAGAAGGAACCUCAAUGAGGAAAAAGACUGAAAACAAUACACAAAUAGAUACUGAAUAAUGUUAU